AUGUCUACUAAAAAGAAUACCAAAAUUUACCUUUUUGUUGUUUUUUUGCAUCUAUUAAUAGUACUAUCUUAUGAAGAACAACAAUUGAACAGUUGUAAUGUUUUUGAAGGAAGUUGGAUUUUUGAUGAAUCUUAUCCAAUUUAUGAUUCUUUGAAGUGUCCAUUUAUAAACCAAGGUCUAAAUUGCAUAAAAAAUAGAAGAAAAGAUAAAUUUUAUCUCAAAUAUAGAUGGCAGCCUACUGAUUGUGACCUCCCAAAGUUCAAUGGUGAAAAUCUUCUGAAAAACUUCAGAGGCAAAAACUUCAUGUUUGUGGGAGAUUCUUUGAGCAGUAACCAGUGGCAAUCACUAGCAUGUAUGCUUCAUGCUGCAGUUCCAAAUUCUAAUUACACAUUUGACAGCACAAAGGAACGUUCCGUUCUCUCAUUCCCGGAGUUUAAGUUCACAGUCACAUUCUUGAAAGACGGAUUUCUCGUUGACUUAGUGGUUGAGAAAGUAGGACGAGUUCUCAAGCUUGACACUCUCAGCCAGACUGAGCUGUGGAAAGGAGUUGAUGUCUUGAUCUUUAAUAGCUACCAUUGGUGGAUACAUACUGGACGCCAACAAACGUGGGACUAUUUUCAAGUUGGUGACAAACUCUACAAGGAGAUGGACCAUAUGGCAGCAUACAAGAUUGCUUUAACUACUUGGGCUAAAUGGAUCGAUUCCAACAUUAAUCCUGCUGUGACUAAAGUGUUCUUCCAAGGAAUUUCUGCUGUUCAUGCUCGUGGCAAAGAUUGGAAUGAACCACAGGUGAAGGACUGCAGCGGACAAACAAAGCCAAUAGAGGGAUCAACUUAUCCUGGUGAAAGAUAUAGAGGAGAGGCAGUGGUGAAAAGUGUCCUAAGUAACAUGACAAAGCCUGUCAAUUUACUUGAUAUUACACUGCUUACACAACUACGAAAAGACGGACACCCCUCGAGAGUUGCUAGUGGCGGGUUGAACGACUGCAGCCACUGGUGUGUAGCUGGUGUUCCAGAUGCUUGGAAUGAACUAUUGUACACAAUCUUGCUCCAGAAAUGAUUUUUGAAGC